AUGAAACUGUUAACAACCUUUCUGGCACUGGUAGGUAUAGCAUUUGGAACGGUUGACAAGUGGACUGGCUGCUUCCAGGGAGUUGAGACGGCUGUGGAUUAUCUCACUUUCAAUUUAACUAAUCCUACCGACUACUAUGGCAACCUAUGCACCAACAAAGUGUACACAAUCUCAAUGUACGCAGCUGCCAAGCUCUAUUGCAGCAUCAGAGAGAUCCAAGCCGGAUACGACUAUUUUAAUCAGGAAUGCCAGGAAUACGGCGAGGGACUGACUUUGGUUCCGUACUCCGACAUCGAGCCACUGCUUACCGAUGAAUACAUGAAGUCUCUCACUGUCGCCGACUAUAACGAUUAUGAAAAGGGUACGGUCUUCAACGGGCCCGUGCUGAUAACCCGCUCUUAUUGGAAAACCGCCAGAGACACUUGGGUUGACUUCGACAUUGAAACUGCAGAAUAUCCGCAUGCUUACGGCUGGGCAAUGUAUGGCUUCUGGGGAGGAAUACUACUGAUCGGCAUCAUAAAUCGUCUCAUCACUUCUUUCUUCCAGUCUCGACGCUUAAAGGCUAUGGACGAUGUUGAAGAAGGGCAAAACUCCUCCGUAAAGCGUCGGGAUGAACUUCCUGGAUUCAUCAAAUUCGUCUAUGAUUGGAUCAGGGCAAAUUUGAUUAUUCCCGCCGCAUUCGGUUCACACCAUUCUCGCCCAGUACUUUGGAUGACCAUUCCAACCCGUAUGGAGACGAUAAUUAUUGUGACUUUCUAUGUUAUGAACUUUAUCUUAUGCUGUGUCGGCUACAAGAUCUUUAACCCUAAUCUCUAUUAUUCGAACGGUCAGCAAGGCUGGCGCUAUAUAGCCGACCGUACUGGUAUCAUCUCAUAUGCUUGCUUGCCUUGGCUAUGGAUGUUUGCUGGAAGAAACAAUAUCUUCUUAUGGCUGACUGGCUGGAGCUUUGCCACUUUCAAUAUAUUUCAUCGCCACAUUGCUCGAUGGGCGACCUUAUGUGCAAUUGUUCAUUCGAUCAAUUGGUCAGUCUUGGAGGGAGAAUUUGGCUAUUUUGCCGAGUCAUGGACAGAACAGUACUGGUAUAUGGGAGGCAUGGCUACCAUUACGAUGAGCCUACUGGUCUUUUUCUCAUUCAUGUGGUUCCGAGUGAAGUCAUAUGAGGUCUUUCUUCUGAUCCAUAUAUCACUUUCGGUGGUGACACUUGUUGGCUUAUAUUACCACACCAUCAUAUUCGAUGGUGAAUACAAUCCGUAUCUAUGGCCACCCAUAGCAAUUUGGAGCUUUGAUCGAGCGGCUCGCUUAUUUCGAUGGGUAUACUGUAACCUUCACAUGAAGUCUUCACACUCCCUCAUGACUACUAAAGCCUCGAUCACGUACAGUCAGCGGGGCGACUUUAUUCGACUUGAGCUUAUACCGGGGUCUACCCUCCUCCAACCCGGCCCUGGACAGCAUUACUUCCUGUAUCAGCCGAUAAAAUGGAAAGGGUGGGAAAAUCACCCAUUCACUUUGGCCGGAUAUGAGCGGAUCGAUGACACUGAGGAAGCUCAGACUGUUGCCGGCAUGGAACAACUGAACAGCGCUGCAGAGAAAGAGAUCCCGAGCAACACUGAAGGCUCGUCUUCUCGUCAUUCCUCGGACAUAGGCCAACCUCUGCCUCAUGGCCAGCGAACCGUGUCCAAUGCUUCUGGUGGCAAGCAGAAACUUACCUUUCUUAUACGUCCUUUUAGCAGCUGGACUCGACGUCUUCGUGAGGAAUGUCUCAAGUCUCCCACUGGCAUCAUUACGCCGCACAUCUUUCUUGAAGGCCCAUACGGAGAGAAGAGCCCGUUACAUACUUUUGAGCACGUCGUUUUCAUCGUUGGUGGGACCGGCAUCUCCGGUGCACUGCCGUAUAUGCAAGAUCAUGCAAAGCGUGUGGCCCUCGAUGCUAGACAGCAAUCAGGCGCAGCCGAAGGAAAAGUCUCUUCGCUCACCAGGAACAUCACGUUUGUCUGGUCGACCAAACAAACAUCCAUGAUCAAAGACAUUGUCGCGCAAGAUUUGCAGCCGUACAUCGGGCGUGACGACGUUCAUCUCCAUCUCCAUGCCACCUCUUGCGGAAAUGGCCGGCUUACUUCCGUGGACGCGGCUAACAGCGGUAAUGAGGACCUCGAGAUUAUCCUGCCUACCAAUGCUAGUACUACCAACAUCGACAUCGCCUACGGCCGACCUAACAUACAAGGAACGAUACUAGGUGUGAUUGAUAAAAUGAACGACACUGACACAGUAGGCAGAAGAAUUGCCAUUCUCACUUGCGGACCCGCUGGCAUGGCCGAUGAGGCGAGAGCUGCAGUACACAUGGCUCUAAAGCAAGGCAAACGCGGCGUCGAAUAUAUUGAAGAGACCUUUGGGUAA